AUGAUCGCAGCCGUGCUGUUAUCGAGACAAGUCAACCAUUGCUUGGCUCUGCUCCCGCCCGCUCAGGCCAUCAAGAAGAUGGCUCUGCUCCAUCGAGUUUGGAUAGCGUCAUGCCUCAGCAUGCUUCUUCUUUCAUAUACCGCAGCUCAUCAGACCAAAAACAUCCUGGCAGCUGACGUUCUCAUUAAUGGAGCCGUCCAAACUUCUGUCCCGUUGGGCCACAACCCACUACUUGCCCAAGUGCACAUGACAGGGGGUGAAUCCAGCAGCAAUAGCUUUCCUGCUGCUUCUGCGGAUGUGGAGCGCUCCCUUAAUCAACAGGCAGGGGUUGUCUCAGCUGGGGAGUCGCUGGAAGAGCAAAACCAGCAAGAAGCAGAAGAAACAGUGGGCUUCUCUGCGCUGCAGACAUCUGAGGAGGCCGAAGAGUGCUCAUGUGUAUUCGCAGGCGUGUGCCUGUACAAGGGAGCUUGCCUCUGGAUUGCUGCCGUCUUGUCUUUCGGUACCCUCGUAUUUUUGUUUUUGGUGGCGUGGGCCCUGCAAUGGGUGGUGUCGAUCCCUGCAGAAUGGAUCCUCGCCAAGAAGCGUUUGGAAAAAGUCAAAGGGGACGCAGCUACUGAUUCUACGCCUCUUCUGUGA